AAACUUGGAACAUGAAACGACUGAAAGCGCAGUUUGUUACCGACUACUGUUGGGUACAGAUGUGUCGUAAUAACAUUACGCUUUUACGCGAUUCGUAUAUCUAGUGGCAGUGUAAUGGUCGAGUAGUGUUCAGUGAUAAACUACUGGGACAUGAGUGUUUUUAUAUAUGCCUCCUGCUUUUUAUAGGACGUGAUCAGAUAUGAGCGAACAUUGAUAUAGUGAAAAUGCGAGUGACUUAAGUGUAUGUGGUCAACAUGGAGAUCGCUAAUCUGGUAGUGACGCUAAUAUGUGUCAUCUCCUUCACUUGUACACAUGCUAAAAUAGGUUACUUCUGGCACAUCACAGACUUUCACUAUGACCCUCUCUACACAUCACAAGGAGAUACUAGAAGACACUGUCGGAGGGCGGAUGAGCGUGGAAGUUCAGGUCAUCAUAGAGCUCUUGGUCGCUUCGGUGACUACUCGUGCGACAGUUCUCUGGAGCUGAUCGAGUCAGCAGCGCGGUACAUGCGCACGCGACACUCGGAGAAUGUUGAGUUUGUACUAUGGACUGGUGACAUCAUUGCAGCCCGAUACACCGGUAACGAGGAUGAUAAAUACCAGGCGAUCAGAAACAUGACAGAUCUUCUCAGUAGAACGUUUAGUUCACACUUUGUGUUCCCUGUGUUAGGACAUUUGGACCCCGCGCCGUCCGCCCAACUAACAAAUCUAUGGAUGCAUUGGUUACCAUUGGAGGCCUUACAGACCUUUCAAAAUGGUGGCUACUAUACUAUUGAACAGUCACAUAGCAAGCUAAGAAUAGUAGCGUUGAAUACAAACUUAUUCAGUAUUCGAGAGUCAAACAGUCCGCAGGCGAGAAGUCAGUGGGAUUGGCUAGAUGCGGUAUUGGACAAAGCUACAACUAAUAAGGAAAUGGUAUACAUAGUCGGUCACGCUGCCCCCGGUUCUGAUUCCCGCUAUGCAUACGACACAUCAGCUGAUGCCAAUGCAAAGUAUCUACAGACUGUUCGACGUCAUUCUAGAAUAAUCGCUGGACAAUUCUUCGGCCACCUCCACGCUGAUACAUUCCGUGUCAUAUACGAUCAUGAUCGACCAGUCUCUUGGGCACUGCUAGCGCCGUCUGUGAGCCCGCAUCGAGAUCCCGCCGGAUCUUCUAAUCCUGGCCUUAGACUUUACAAAUUCGAUACUAAUAAUGGAAAGGUCCUGGACUAUACGCAAUACUAUUUAGACCUAGCGGCCGCUAACCGCAACACGGGCGCAGCGGAAUGGACAGCGGAAUACAAUCUUACCCAAUACUACGGCCUCCACGACGUAUCCGCCAACUCCCUACACAACUUAGCCGACAAACUUCGGAUAGGCACGCCGCAAGAGACCACAGUAUUCAACAAAUAUAUAAGAGCAUACAACGUGAGACAUGAAAGCUCGGACUCCUGUGACGGCGCGUGCGCACAUCAACACUUUUGUGCUAUCACGUGUCUCGAACAUGUGGCAUACAGACAGUGCGUCGAGGCCGCAGCAAGCGCUCUCGCCGCUGCCGGCAAAUCCGCCCCGCUUGUCGCUCCGCUCAUCACCCGACUACUCACUAUACUGACGGUUGUAGUACUCCUCUUAUAAACACAUGAUUAUAGUCUGUCCUUAGUGCCGAAAUUAAAAUUUAUUAUGAAUUUUUGAACAGGACUCAACUGUUUAAAAUUUAAGAUCUCAUUUUGUAUGGUUACUAUUUAAAUCCCUAGUUUUAUAUUAAUGUAACUUAUAAACAUUUAUGCUUGAAUUAUUGAAAUAUAGACGUGAAGCGUGCAAUUAAUCAUAGUAUUUGAAGAACGCUAAAAGGCUAUUGUGAUAUAGUUCGCUACCAAACAUGGUAGAUUUAAGAAAAAUAUUAUUUCACAUUUGUAUUAUAAACACGGAAUUGUAUAAUUUAGGUCAAAAAUGUUGUAUAUAGAGACAUAAUGAAAUCCUUUAACUAUAAAAUAGGUCAAGGAGAAUGUAAAAAAAUAUUUUAGAACUAAUUUUUCUAGGUAUACAUUAAAUUGUUUAUAAUUUCCGUCAUAAUUAGAUUUAGUACAGUUCAGUUCAUAAAAUAGUGAUAUUAAUAAAACUAUAUAAUUAAUUAAUAUAAAAAUAAUAAUAACAAAAAUGUUUUCUAAUGAAAUACUAUUUCAUAUAAUUGUUUGUAAUUAAAGGGUGUUUUUAUUAGAAGACAUUUUUGUAAAUUUUGUAUUUAAAAUAAAUAAAAUUAAUAACCUAUGUGUAACAUUUAAUACAACAGUAAACCACACUUCUAUUGAAGAAAAUGUGAUUUUAUCUUAAGUUAGUGUGAAGUAUGUUAAAUUCAAACUACCCGUAAUUACUUAUAUUUAUACACAUAAUAAAAAUUUAACUGAUUACUUGUCUGUACAUGAAAUAUAUUUGAGGAAAACUAAUGUUUUGGUACUUCUUCAAAAUAAUUACUGUUACAAUUUUUGUCUGUACGUCUAAGCCAAUCUCAGUCAAUCGCUUAACUGUUUUGGGCUUUGUUUUUACGGUAA